AUGAGGCUAGAGAUUCUAAAGGGAGUUUCCGGUACAUUCAGGCCAGGAGUUUUAACAGCAUUAAUGGGUGUCAGUGGGGCGGGUAAAACAACUUUAUUAGACAUUCUGUCUGGAAGAAAAAACACUGGAUUUCUUGAAGGAGAGAUCAGAAUUUCGGGUUAUCCAAAGGAUCAGAAAACGUUUGCUAAAUUCUCAGGAUAUUGUGAACAGAACGACAUUCAUUCUCCAUUUGUAACUGUUUAUGAGUCCCUUGUUUUCUCAGCUUGGCUUCGGUUACCAUCAAAUGUCAAUUCUCAGACCAGAGAGGACUUUAUCGAGGAAGUAAUGGAAUUGCUCGAGAUAACAGAGCUCAGAGAUGCACUAGUUGGUACACCAGAUGUGAAUGGACUAUCUAUGGAACAGAGGAAACGGUUAACAAUUGCAGUUGAAUUGGUGGCUAAUCCAUCUAUAAUAUUCAUGGACGAGCCGACAACCGGGCUUGACUCGAGAGCUGCUGCUAUCGUGAUGAGAACGUUGAGGAAUAUUGUUGACACUGGAAGGACUAUAGUGUGCACAAUCCAUCAGCCAAGUAUUGGCAUUUUCGAAGGUUUUGAUGAGCUUUUUCUAUUGAGUCAAGGAGGUCAAGAGAUUUAUGUUGGUCCUUUGGGAUACCAGUCCUGCCAUGUGAUCAAAUACUUUGAGCGCCGCUACCUUGAACCCGGUGUUCCGGUCGGACCGUCCAACACCAUCAACAUAUCCAUGUUGGACAGAUGGAUAUCGAGGAUUGAGGAACGGACACCCGACAACACCGUGGACAAGUGGUACGAAAGAAUGGUGGAAGGGGAUUGGUUCAAAGAAAACUAA